AUGACGUCUCAGCCACAGAAUCGCGACUUUUGUCUAGAGUGUCGCUGGGAGGACUUCCAUCUUGAUGGAAAGAAUGAGUCUGGGUUGGGUGAUCAGUCUCGGUCCCAGUGGGACUGCUUAGACCAGGAGCAUCACACGACGCUUGGUCCUUGUGAGGUCGAUGAGGCUUGCUGCGAUGUGGACGAUUGCCAGGCUGACUGCCAGGAUGAUUGUCCGCUAGAGUGUGGGUCAGUAUGCGAAGGCUUUGUGGAUUGCGACGCCUCGACCGUCUGCUCGGUUGCCCAUUGCGACGACGCUCACUGUGAUGGGAACCAUUGCGAAAGCACAGACCUCGUCUGCUUUGAAGAUCACUGUUGUGAUGCUGUCGAGGAACAGAAUUGCGAAUUUGACUCUUUCUUUGGUCUCAAUACGCCCCUGUCGUUGGUUACUUCUGGCAUGAUGGCUUCUGCUUCCAUUGGCCAAAAUGUCGUUGGUGAAACCGGAAAAAAUCUAGACAGUACCCUCCCGGCUGUUAUAGAUCCGUGCUACCAUCAAGACUUCUUAUCUUCAUACCAGGCACACGCUACUCACUGCGACCAAAGCGUCGCGAAUCAUUUCGAAUGCCAUGACUUCCAGAAGGACUUGCAGGGUAUCUUCCCUACGGAGCAAUUGCCUGAACAGACGGAUGUCAACCCAGUCGAUGUCUUCCAUCUGUUGGGAACUUGUCCGGACUUUUCUGUUCAGCAGGGCCAAUUUCCUCAAGACCACACACUUUCGGGCUCCUCCCAAGUCAAAAAUAUCACUUCCGACCCCCUAAACCUAUUUCACCCUCAUCCCGAACAUCAUCACGUACACGACCACAGCCACUUCAAAAACCCUAAUGACCUGAACCUUAAUAUCACUCGAGGACCCCAUCGCAACCACCAUCGAUGCCGAGGACACCAACACGCUCAUGUCCAUUCUUACUCUCCUUAUUCUCGACAAUCCCGGUCCAGCAUCAGCUCUCACAUUCUUUCGAGUCCUGGGGAAACCCCACCGCCGCUGGACGGAGGUAUCUCAUCAGUCUUGACAACUCCUGACUUUUCCGCCGAGGACAAUGAAAAUUUUAUUUGCAAAUGGUCAACGAAACGACAUGGAGUAAACAAACCGUGCGGCGCCAUAUUCACCGGUGCUGGCGCUCUUCAAGAACAUCUUGUAUCUAGCCACAUGGACCCAAUUGAUGGGGCAAAGGGCAAUGGCUAUUAUUGUUGCUGGGAUGGGUGCCACCGUCCAGAUGAGCCAUUUUCACAGAAGUCGAAGCUUCAGGGUCAUUUCCUGACACACAGCAACUACAAAAACUUCAGGUGUUCUGUCUGUGGCAAGUCCUUCGCUCGCCAGGCAACCCUUGACCGCCAUGAGCGCAGUCAUCGGGGUGACAAGCCGUACAAAUGCAAGGAUUGUGGAAAAAUGUUUACUGAUAGCAGUGAGCUGAAAACGCACUCUCGAACCCACACAGGCGAAAAGCCAUUCAAGUGCACCUUCCCAGGUUGUGAUUUUGAGACUGGAGAUUCAUCCAACAUGUCCAGCCAUAGAUUGACUCACGGCGAACGCAAACAUAAAUGCCCCUACCCCGGCUGCAGCAAGAGCUUUACUCGACCUGACCAAUUAAAACGCCACCAACGCACGACCCACAAAGAGCCCAGCUCUACCCUCCCUUCCCCUAGUCCCGACCACUUCACACUCACCCCUUUCAGCAUGGUCUAA